UCAAAUAAAUCCUGCUGUGACUCAGGACAACAGCAAAGACUCGAGUGUUUGGAUGUUCUCUCACAUCAGUGCCCCUCUCACUCUCACAACGUCUUCUGGAAAAUCUUGCUGUGUAUAAAUACAUUUGAGGAAUGAUACUGUUAUUUAAUUAAGCUUCUUCUUUUCUUUUUUUUUAUCUGAUUGUAGCGAUACUAUAAGAUUUUGAAUCUUCAGCGUGGAUUCUACUCAGUCAGGUGUUUAUAGGUCUUGGUCUCUUCGACGAGCCCCUUAAAGUACAAUCAUCGGUCAAAGCUCAGACCUGAAAACUCUUUAGAGCUCCAGAGUAAUUCCACUGAAGUAGAGAGUUUAUAUUUUCAGUAUUAAAUUACUUUAAAAAGAAUCCCGGAUUUGAAAAGGCUCUUCAGCUCCCCCUCCACUGACUGCAGUAACGUGCUGUUGGUGAUUACUAACUCCCACCAACUUAAAAUGGCUCCUAAAGAUGUAUUCGCUGCUUUGUUGGAGCUGUAGCUUUCGGUUUUGGUGGAUUGAACUCGAGCAGGCAUAAUAUGUAGCUUAUUUUAUCAGCUGUGUGUUCUGUUUCUGAUAAAAACGCCAUCCACCGUCCUCCCUCGUUGUCACUGACUCGCACUGUAUUAGCCGUGAGGUGCUUCUAGAAACAACUGGUGCUCGCCACUCUCCGUUCUGUCAGUCCCCCUACCUGUGGUUCUCCUGUUCGAGUCAGACCAUAACCGAUGUUCCUCCGCUGAUGAGGGGGGGCCUCUCCGGGUCUUCCCAUCACUCAGCCUUCAAAAAACUUUGCUGCUCAGAGUGCGAAAGGGGGAGGGGGUCGCAGGUCAGCACGGGGGAGAGAAAAACCGAUGUUUCGCUGGACGUCGAUCAGAGUUGAAGAAAACUUGGCCUCGUCUGUGUUUGGGUUUUUGCACGUAAAUAUUCUCUGUACUUUUCAAGCAGAAGCCCCGGACGGCGUUCAGACUGAUGCUCCGGUUGGCGGCGGUGUGGACGCGCACUUAUCUCCUCCUCCAUAGCACCAAAAAGGCAAACUUUUUCUCACUUACCUCUAGUUGUAUUUACCUUUUACAAAAAGUGAAUGCAUCUCUGAGGAAUUUAUUUGGUGCUAGAAGACUGAACAUGUGACAUUUAAAGAUUCAACUGUCAAACCUGGACAAAUACAAACACUAAAAACUCUCCAUAUAUAGAUGCAGCUAGUGGUGAGUGGGCAAAUGUUUUGUUUUUAUUUUAAAUAUCUGUGAAUUAACCCUUUACAGUCAGUAGCGGGCAUAUUGGGAGAGCUGGUUAGAACUGAUUCUGAUAUUGGGACCAAAACUUGUGAGAUCAUUUAAAGUCACAAACGUUAACAUCUGGCUACAAACUGUUUCUUAGAGCCGCUCCACCCAAACGCUGGUAACAUCGCUAACAUGCACUCAGAAAACAGCUUUCAGUCACCUGUAGUCCAGAUGGAAAUAUGUCCACAUAGAAAAGCCUGACAGCGUCUCAAAGAUAAUAUGAAAAGCCAGGAAAAUCACAUCUGAUGUGUGUGACAAAAAUGAUCUUGCAUGACCUCAUUGCAUUUGUACGGAAGAGGAUUAGGGCCAAAUGUAAACAUUUUAUUCUGAGUUUGGAGUUUAAAGUACAAAAAAAAAGAAGAAGAAUUCUGACUUUAAACUCAAAGAAAACUUUCACAUUUGGCCCUAAUCCUCUUCCAUACAUUUGCCAUUUCCCAUACUGACAUCUUCUGAAUAAUCCUAAUUUCCAUAACAAUCCUGAUUUAUGAACAGAAUCUCUUUUAACCCUCCGUUUGUCUGACUGACAACAAUCUCAAACUUUUUUAUCACCACAACUCACGUUUAGUUUUCCCCCUCACACCUUUUAUGCACUGCGACAUGAAAACUUUUUUUAAUUUUUUUGCUAAACGGAUGUUCCAACCGGCAGGAAAACCGGGCGAAUCGCUGAAUCCUGUCGAGUUUCUUUGGGGUUGUCGUCGGGGAAACGGGCCUCCUCAGUUCAGAGGGCGAGUCGCGGGCUGCAGAUUUGCUAUUUAUGAGACGUGUGCUUCUUCGUAAGAGCUUGACGGUAAUUCCAUUGAUGAAGUGAGAAUAUAUUUUUAGUUGUAGAUGGAUUUGAAAAUGCUUGGAAAACAAAAAAAAGUUACUUUUUUCUUUUGCCCGGUGAUAUAAUUCUCGCCCCCCCGUGUGAAUUCUCAAGAGCGAUUUAUCUGAUGUCAUGCUAACGGACGGCAGUGACCUUUUCCUUUUGUAUUGAUCCGGGGGCCGUUUGCUGAGCAAGCAUGCUCUUGGAAUUAUAGCCGGUCCUCACUUUCCACUGAGCUACCUGAGGACCCCGAAAGUUGUUUGCUGUUGACCUGGAUUUGAAACAAAAUAAUAAAAAAAACACAAAAACAACAAAGAA